UUUCCUUCUCUUCCCAUCUGCUAGCUAACUGAACGCGGCAAGCCACCUCAAGCUUCCCUAACCGCAAUUUCUUGAAGGCGGAUAAUGGGAGUUAUCAUCCCUUGAAGAAAUUUAAGUCUUGCACUUUAUCCCCUUGUCGCUGGGCAUUUGUGACGUAACUUUGGAGGAGCGCCUUGGGUUGUGCCGCUGGAGAAAACCGGAAAUCUACCUCGUUUAAAAUGAGUUGGCUUUCAAUUUUUGCAGGAGAGCGGGAUCCAAAUAAAAGAAAAGUUAAGCCAGUAGAACAACCACUGUUUGAUUUGGAUUUAGAGAGCUCUGAUGACAGUGAUUUCAAUCCUGAGGAACACAAAGAUGGGUCAGACGACUCCCUGGAUUCCAAUGACGAAGGAAGCAAACAAGGUAGUGGGAGUGAUGGUUCUAGUGAUGAUGAUGAUGACGACGAUGAUGACAGUGAUGAUGAUUCUGACAAUGAUGAGGCAGAAAAUUCCAAAUCAUCAGGUAUCACUGCUGAGGAGUUGCAGCAGAGGCUCAAUUCAGCUGGUGGCUUAAAUUCUGAAAUUGUCAAGAAGGUGAAGAAGAACUUGGUAAAACGAUGUUGGGGCUGCUUGGGAGAUAGUAAUGAUGACUUUGAUGAAUUGGUAGAAUGUGAUAGCUGUGGUGUAACUGUCCAUGAAAAAUGUUAUGGAAUGUCUGACAGUGAUAGCUUAGCCAGUGUAGAUUCUUCCAAUCCUGACUUGCCAUGGUUUUGUGAUGUCUGUCGAGCUGGAGUGACUGACCCCAGUUGUGAGCUUUGUCCAAAUUCAGGUGGAAUUUUCAAAGAAACUGAUGUGGGCCGAUGGGCUCAUUUAGUUUGUGUCUUGUAUAUACCUGGACUAUUUCCGACUGAUGGAGAAAAAUUAUCCCUGUUUAAAAUGCCCUACACUAAGUUUGGUGCCAAGGUUUGCACUCUAUGUGAAGAUGAGCGUUUGGCAAGAACUGGUGUUUGCAUUGAAUGUGAUGCCGGGAUGUGUCGUACAUAUUUUCAUGCCUCAUGUGCUCAGAGAAUGGGUCUCCUUCAAGAGGCUCACCUAGAGGAUCCAGAAACAGAAACAGUUGACAAAUUUUAUGCACACUGUAAAAUGCACUCUGAUAAACUGCUGACCAAACGACGGCGUCAAAAUUUCAUUCUUUUGCAAGACCGUUUGAAGGAACGAAAACAGGAGCAGGAGCUGAAGGACAAGAAAGAAGUUGAGAGAAUACAAAGAAAGUUUAGAAAAGCCCGAAGUCACUAUUUAGAUUAUCGCACUGCAAAUUCUCAGGCAUUUGUGCCACCGACUCAAAAGAUGCCUAGAGCGUUGGUUACAUCAGCCACUGCCUGUCGUCUUUUGUGGCGCAAGGCAGAAUUGGCUGGAAUGAACACAGGAGCCAUGGAGGCCCAGGAAGCUCAAAUAUCAUCACUGAAAGAUGUGAAUAGAAAGUGGCACAUUCCUCCCUCUUUCAGUGUUGAGUUCAUAGCCUAUUUCCUAGACCGUGUUGGAAGGAUCUCAAAAAUGAAGAAGCAACUGCAAGACUAUGUGGAGAGUAAUGCUCAACUGCUUGAUGAGCAGAAGGCCAGUGGUGAAAAAUAUGAGCAGUUAUUGACCAUCAAAGCAGAAGAGGAUGAAAAGAAUAAGGUACUAAAGGAAAAAAUAAAGAUGCUUCAUGGAAUGAUUCAUGCUAUUUGCCCCAAGAAAGCCUUACCUUCUGUUGAAUCACUUAGCAAACCUCCACCCACAGCCAAUUCUCAUGCUGUUCCCACUGCUGGAGCACUGAAAGCAUUCCCAUACUCUUUGGCUCAAGGCUUUGCGGCUGCUCGUACUUUGCCUAAUUCUGUGGCUGUUGCCCACACUGCUGCUGUGGAUGCCUCCUCGACUAUUAGCUCAAGUUCAACUGUAGCUCCAGUCCUUGGGCCAUGUGGGAAAUGUCGACAAAGCAAUGACCCACAUCUUCUUGCACACUGUGAUAACUGCAAGCAGUAUUACCAUUUAGGCUGUUUGAAUCCACCACUCACACGAAUGCCAAAGAAAACUAAGCUCUUUGGCUGGCAAUGCUCAGAAUGUGAUAGAGAAUCUUCUGGAUCGGAUGUUCCAUGCUUAGAUCCUGAAGCUCCUAGGAAACUCAGGCGCAAAUCGGACAAAAGUCAUGGCAAAUCUGAUGGAGAAGCUGUUCAAAGUGACUCGGGACUACUCUCCAACAUUUCCAUGGAUGCAGGAAAUGAUGCUGACAUAGAGAUUAUUCCUGGCCCAAGUACUGAUUCGAAGCCCAAAGCUUCCAAGAAAAAGCGAAAGGAGAAGCACCGGUACUCCCCUGAACUUAGCCCAGAUGGUUCAAAUGCUGAGCGCAAACGGAAAAGGAAAAAGAAGAGUUUUGAUCAUGAAAAUUGGCAGGUUUCUCCUACCCAUCCUCAGCCUCAUGUUCCCAAAAUUAAGAUAAAGACAAUUACUCCAACUGGUUUGGGACAAACUGUACAGACUUAUGUGGCAUCUGCGAUGACUAGUGAUGAAGAUGUGGCACAUCCACUCCCGGUCCAACCAGGAUGUGUGCUACCAACAAGCCAGGCUAUCACACCACACAUGGUCACAACUUUGGUCUCAUCAGCCAGCCCCAUGAUGAAUGCUGGUAUCAGUCCCAUGUCAAUUUCUUCAACAACCACAACUUCACUACCGCCUACAGACAUGGGACCUCGUCCUCAAAGACUUUCAGGGGCCAAAAAGAAGGUGGAAGACAUUUUGACUCAAUGUGACCAUUGCCAACAGCCUGGUUCCAAGGAGAAUCUUGUGAGGUGUGAUGAGUGUAAGAAAUGUUACCAUUUCCACUGCCUCGAUCCCCCUGUGAGGAAAUCCCCGAAGAUUCGAGGAUAUUCUUGGCACUGUGCGGACUGUGAUUCUUCGGACUCUUCCUCAUCUGAUAAAUAAAUGGGUUCUAUCAGUUAAAAUUGAAACCCUUCUUUUUUUUUUACUGAUAGGGUUUUGACAGAUAGUCAGUCUCAGCGUAAUUCAAGAGAUCAAAUUUCUCUUACAUUUAUAUCUUGAAAUUGAUUUGUGUAUAUUUAUUUAUGCAGUGCAGUGUCUGCCCGACAAUGGCUGGACUUUCUAUGUGAAAUAUGUUUUGAUUUUGCAAAGCUGAAGUUAAGCAAGUUGAUUUAAGUUAUGUGUUUUGAUUUGAACUUAACAUGAAUUCUUAAAUUUAAUGUUGAUUAGGAAGACAGUUCCAAGCUUAGUUUGAUAUUAUUAAAGAAGAAUGUUUUUAAAUGAUUGGAAAAAAGAAAGGGCUGUGUUUAUAUUUUUGUGUGGGAAGUUCAGUUUUUUUCCUCUUCAUGUAAAAACAUAUUUUCUUUUAUUAUGGAAGGAAAGCAUAUUAUUCUAAAUAAAUUGUGUUUCUUUCAA